AUCCAUCUAACGUUAUCAGCUUCUCUGCCAUGGAUUAACUUCUCCUCCCUCCUUCCAUCUCUCCCGCUCUCUAGGUCGGUUGUUUUUCAGCCUCUCUGGACCAUGGAGGGUUUAAUAACGAGUUUUGCAGCUCGAUUCCCAACAUGUUCGAAGCAGUAUUCAACUUCUCAUGGUUUUUGCAGCAGGACGAGAAAACCGUUUGUAACUCAACCUUCGCCGAACUUCAGAGCUCUCCGAGUCGUUUGUAUGGCGGAACCCUAUCUGAUAACGAAGCUAGACUCCGCCGAGAAGACAUGGAAAGAAUUGUCGGUCAAAUUGGCAGAUCCUGAUGUUGUCUCAAAUCCCAGUGAAUACCAAAAGCUUGCACAAUCUAUGGCAGAACUUGGUGAAGUUGUGUCAACCUAUAGGAAAUUCAAGGAUUGUGAAAAGCAAUUAGAAGAAGCAAAAGCUUUAUCAGAUGAGGAUGGUACUGAUGAAGAAAUGGCAGAAAUGAUAGCUUUAGAAAUUGAAACUUUAUCUGACGAACUUAAGGAGCUCGAGGAGAAACUGAAGGUACUGUUGCUUCCUAGUGAUCCUCUUGAUGCACGAAAUAUAUUGCUUGAAGUGAGGGCAGGUACUGGUGGUGAUGAAGCUGGACUAUGGGCUGGUGAUCUUGUCCGCAUGUAUCAGAAGUAUAGUGAACGUAAUUCUUGGAAGUACACCACAGUUUCAAGUUCAGAGGCUGAAAAAGGUGGUUUCAAGACAUAUGUGAUGGAGGUUAAAGGAAAUCGUGUCUAUAGCAAACUAAAAUAUGAAUCUGGUGUUCACCGUGUACAACGUGUUCCUCAGACAGAAGCUCAGGGCCGUGUGCACACUUCUACUGCCACUAUAGCAAUCAUGCCAGAGGCUGAUGAGGUUGAGGUGGUAAUAGAUCCAAAAGAUAUUGAGCUUACAACAGCAAGGUCUGGUGGUGCUGGAGGACAGAAUGUCAACAAGGUGGAGACAGCUAUUGAUCUCUACCACAAACCAAGUGGAAUCCGCAUCUUUUGCACUGAAGAACGGACACAGCUUCAGAACAAGAAUCGUGCUUUUCAGUUGCUUCGAGCAAAAUUGUAUGAGAUCAAAGUGAGGGAGCAGCAAGAGUUGAUAAGGAAUCAGCGAAAAUCACAGGUUGGUACUGGUGCUCGUGCUGAGAAGAUCCGGACAUACAAUUACAAGGACAAUAGAGUCACGGAUCAUCGGUUGAAGAUGAACUUUGAACUUACAUCCUUUCUUGAUGGUGAUAUAGAGACAGCUGUCCAGUCUUGUGCUGCGAUGGAACAGAAGGAACUCUUGGAAGAACUUGCCGAAUCUGUAGGUGCAUCUGCUGGUUAGUCAUGGCUUGCUCUGGAUUUUUUUGGAUUAUUGACCAAUGGGUGUGGCUGGUUCACAGUUUGAGUUUGCAACAAAUUAUGGAUUUUAUGGGGUGGAGGCCACACCUUAUUUAUCUUCAGGUAUAUUUUUUGUAUAGAGAGUUCUAUCUUACAUGAUUGAUCAGAGAAAAAAGAACAAGAAAAUUUCUUUGUAAUAAUAAAUCCUGUUCUUUGAUUGCAUAUUUCCAUGAUUA